GCAUGCUGGUCUCCUAGACCUUUCAACUCCCACUAUAACACAACCACCGUAUCAACCACCAUGAGCGAUCCUGAUCCUAUGCCUCCAGGAACCAUCCCGCCGCUCGAAUCAAAAAUAUCCCGUCACCCUCGUCGCCCUCUCGCCCACAAGUCUGUUUCCCUCCGCCAUAAUUCACCAACCCACCGGAAACCCGCGCAUGCACCUUCCUUCCACCAGCCUCAGCAAACGUCCGUCUCUCCGAGCUCUCUCAACGCUUCCGCAAGCGAUAGAGUGAACCCACCCUCGAGUCUUUCGCCUAAGCUUCAAUCCAACAAGUACAGCUCUGGGGAAAGCAGUGAUGCAGGCAAAUGGUUCGAAAGCUCCAACAACAAUGCAAUCCAGAGCAAUGCGUCCUACGCUGACAAUGAUACCCCGUUCUUCCUGCGCAAUUCUUCCUCCGGCGACACCCCACCCGAAGGACAAGCAUCGCACGCAGAUCAGCUUAACACGUUAAAAGUCCACCGUCCCGACAUCGCCCACGGGGGCACCGACGGUAGCAGCACAGAAGAGUAUCGGGGCGUCAUUGAUGAUUUAACUGUUGCCAACAAGAAAUUGAAGCGCAAGCUGAAGAGGUUUGAGAAGUUGUAUGAUACUCAUCUACAAAACGAGAAGCUCUUUGAGGUUCGCUUCCAUGGCUUGUCCGACUACAAGAAGAAGGAAUUGGAAGAGACGUUGCGCAAAUUUGCCGACAGUUUGAACGAUGGUCCCGCCGACAACCUGCUCAACCCACCUUUCUCGUCGUACCCACCUAUCCUCGACCCCCACAAAACCUCAUCGUCAAACCCCUCGCGCUUCGCCGAAUCUGGGUACGCGUCCAUGUCCGCUUCAGGACAGAACUCUUCGGGUCCCUCAUAUCCAGCACACUCUGGAGAUACCGACCACCGCCGAAUGACGAAAUCGCAAUACAAUCGACAGCAGCAAUCCAUUCAAUCCUACCUGCACGACAUACCUGCAGGCUUGCUUCCGACCAACGAAGUUCCCAUGUCGGAAAAAUCGAAGAAGAAACUGGUCGUGCGCCGUCUCGAGCAGAUCUUUGCUGGGAAACGAUCAGCCCCAGGAAACCAUUCGCAGCCCAUGCAGCAGGAGGAGGUCGCUCAGUCUGCUGCAUCGGCGGACCGUCAGGCUAAAGAAGCAACAGGCCAGCAUACAAAGCAUGAGGGUCACCGGGAGGCUCGUAUCAUGCCCGUAAAGGCCGACGACGAGGACAUUGUUACUACAUCACACAUUCAAAAUCUGCAAAGACUGCGCCCGAACCUACAAGUCAACGAGCAAGACUUUGCCGGGUCUGCAUCUCCAGACCAGCGGCCAACAAGGCCAUUGGAUCUGGACCUCUUUCGCGCACAGGUCCCCUCGGACAAUAUGGAGUAUAUUCGCCAUCUUGGAUUCACACCACCAGACAUGGAUACUGGAGAAGCACCGCAAAUGGGACAUGGAUGGAUAUAUCUCAAUCUGCUCAUCAAUAUGGCACAGCUGCACACUAUCAGCGUCACGUCGGAUUUCGUCAAGACAGCAGUGACGGAAUACAGCUCCAAACUCGAACUCUCUCACGACGGCCGGAAAAUUCGGUGGAAAGGCGGUCUGGAUGAAACAAAGACCAGUAGUGGUAGCUCGUCAGAACAUAUGAGUGGAUACUCGCCCUCGGAGGCCAAUGGCACCAGUACUGGCGUCAACAGCAACACCCGGACCGGCAACAGUGGAAGUACAGGAAUCAACCUGGACGCAGACCGUAACGCCCGACGUCUGGCCAGGGCUCACAGGCAGAAGGAGCGGGAGAAACUCAGCUAUACACCCAUAUUUUUCCACAAGGAAGAGUCGGACGAAGACGAAGACUUCUACGGUUAUGACAUGAUGUCUUCAACUAUAUCCAACGUGCAGCGCCAGCAACCGGGAGACUCUUCAGGACUUGGCAGUUCAGCCAUGCGCAGCUCCUCAUCACGAAAGCGUCGUGACGACGGUCCGAUGAUCUUCUAUAACAAGGCGAACUUUUGUACGGACCUGAGUGGGGAUCUACGGGGACUUGCUGGUCGCCAACUCGAUUCCAUUGAUCUUUCCAAAUCUCACGCUCUGGGUGUCUCGCGCUCUCCUAAACGCUCUGCCCAGUACUACGCAAUGGAACGUCGCCGUCCUCAUAAGACACCAUCACCGGACUUGGACGUCAGAGACGGUACCAAUACUUCUUCUAGCGAUGGAGAUAUACAAUUCUCUCCCGAUCCGAUGAUUAUUGACAGUGGGUUAGAAAGUCCUAACAUCGUGGACUUUGAAGCAUCCGGUGUUGGCGGUGUUCACCCAGCAGAUAAUUUUUCGGUCAAGGUUCGCCGGGCUAUUCACUCGUCGUCUGUAAAAGCCCCCGUGGCCCUUCCAAAAAGAAAAUUUUACCCCCAGGAAGUUCUUCAAGCUCUUGCAGGCAGUGACGACGCUGAUAGCAGAGUCAUGCGAAUGACGAAUCAACCGCCGCAUGUCAGAGAAGAGAUACUGUCAGCAGCUCGCAAACCACUGCCUAGCUCGUCGCUUCCACCGGCCUCUUUCCUACCAUUCGAUUCUACUUCAUCUGGAGAAGUCGAUUCGGAUCUUGAUGAUGAGAUUUCCUCCAACCCUUCAACCACAAGUUCUUCCGUGAAUGGUCCAAUCGGCGCUCCUAUCCCUACUCUUUCUCUUUCGCCUAUCUACCCAGGGGAUCAAGACGACAGUUCAGAGGACGAAUCUUCUGAAGACGAAAGUUCGGAUGAUGGGUCAAUAGAUCUGCUAGCUACCGCACGUCAAAUGGAUCCGAGCACGAUCCGAGCAUCCGAACGCGAGUAUGAUGCCGCACUUGCCGAGCGUCUUGCUGAAUGCAUCCCAGCCGGUAGCUCAGCAGCCACCGGUGGAGGAGGGAGUGGAUUCAACAGUCCAUACCAAGCGAUUCCUGCCAGUACAACUCGCAAUAGCACCACCAGUGGAAGCAUGUCCUCACGCACCCAAAAUCUGAAGCGUACUCGGACUCGAGAUAUGGCCAAUACAGCCUUGCAAGAAGGCAACAAUCGAAAGAGUCAGCGCACGGAAUAA